AUGGGUACAACAGGACGCUUAGCUAUCGAUUGGAUAGAUCUUCUUGACCUACACUCCAACAAUUCGGCUCUAAUUAUUGGAGGAGAUUUCAACAUACUGUUAUAUCAAUGGGAGAAGCGUAGAGGCUUGUUAUGGCUACAUUCAAGAGAGGUUAGAUCGUUUAGCUCUAUAGCCAUGCUUCGUUCUCAUAUAUUGGAUGAGCCAGGAUCCAAUCACCGACCGAUUCUUCUCAAUACAGACCUUGGGUUUCGUACUAAGAGGCAGUUUAAGUAUGAUGACAGAUGGGCUCAUGAUGCAGAUGCUAGUGGGCUAGAUCUUGGACAUCUAAUUCUCAUUUGGCACUAG